GACAAACCUGACAAUGCAACCUAUGAAACGACGAUCCCAUGUCUACAAACACACCUUACGCGCGAACCUAACGAAGAAAACACUCACUCUUCCUCUCUCUCUCUCUCCAAAAUUCUAAAAUUGUGGAACUAAAUUAUGGUUAGCAGAAGUCUCGAAAACCUUGUGUGUUAUAUUAUUCCCUCAUAUAUACAUAGAAUCCACGAAUCAUACACAACCCUCAAACCUCAACUGAUAAGUUCCCCCUAAAUCAGGGGAUAAAGAGCCGUCACCUAGUACAAUUCGAGCCCUAGUUUUUGCAUAUAUUUGGAUCCUUUUGUCCUCGUUUCAUGGAGUCUCCCACCGCCUUUCCACGAUACAUCCCUCAGAAUUCCAAGAAAAGGACAUUGCCGGGUGGUGGAACUUCAUCGCCACUGUGUAAAGAGGUGGCGGCGUCGGAGAUACCGUCGCAGGCGAUGGAUCGCUCUUCUGAGCCCAACUCUUCGAAGCAGCAAGAGGUUCCUGAAAUAAUAGAUGUUGACAUGUUAGAAGACUGUGAUGAUGCUUCGUUGAUGGAUAGUGAAGUUGAUGGGAGUGCUAAAGGGAAGAAAGUCCUCUCGAAUUCUUCUGCUGGUAUUAGUGGUUUAGCAGAUCAAGAAUCUGCAGAUGACAUGGCAACAUCAAAUGAUAGUGCUGCAGAAUUAGAAGAUUAUGGAGAUGGUUCAUACUUUGGAGAGGAUGAGUGGGUGGAUACAGAUUAUGAUGGUAUGAUUGAUGAUGACAAUGAUCAUUUGGAAGCACGUUUUGAUAACAUGGAGCUUCCACCUGGAGUUGAGGCGCCUAUCCCCUGGUUUCGGAGUUCUCCUAAAAAUGAUACAAAGGGCCCAAUCAAGGGCCCUAGCACUUCAACGAAUUCAGGGAGUUCACUGCGGACAGGAAUGAUAAAGGUGGUGGAUGAAAUUGUGCAAAAGUUUGACAAUUUUGCAAAAUUUGACACUGUUGAUGAUUACUCGGAUCACUACUACUCCAUUAAAAAGAGUUCUGAAGUGGCAGAAAAGAACUGGUCGAAGAGAAUACAAGAAGAAUGGAAGAUUCUUGAAAAGAAUUUGCCAGCUGAGGUAUAUGUGCGGGCCUAUGAAUCGAGGAUGGAUCUUAUGAGAGCCGUGAUAAUUGGGGCUGAAGGAACACCCUACCAUGAUGGUCUCUUUUUCUUUGAUAUCCAUUUCCCCGGCAGUUAUCCUAAUAUUCCACCUGAAGUCUAUUAUUAUUCAGGCGGUCUUCGAAUCAAUCCUAACUUGUACAAGUGUGGAAAAGUAUGCCUGAGCCUUCUGAACACAUGGCCGGGGACCAGAAAGGAGAAGUGGAUUCCCGAGCAGUCAACCGCGCUACAAGUUUUGGUCUCCAUACAAGGAUUGAUAUUAAAUGCAAAACCCUACUUUAAUGAGCCUGGGUAUGAACUUGAAAUGCGAACAAAACGAGGGGAGGACAGCUCCUCAGCAUAUAAUGAGAAUACAUUCAUAUAUUCCUUGAAGACUAUGGUUUACAGCAUGCAGAAGCCUCCCAAGCACUUUGAGGAUUUUGUCGUGGGGUAUUUCCGCAAGCACGCUCGAUAUAUUCUGGUGUCCUGCGUGGCCUACCUGAACGGAGCUGAAGUGGGUUGCCUCGUCAGAGGCGGUGUUCGCGAUGCUGACAAGGACGACAAGAGAUGCUCAGAGCAAUUCAGGAAAAGCCUGGGUAAAUACAUCACUGUUCUGGUAAAUACAUUUAUGGAAAUUGGAGCAGACGGUUGUCAGGAGUUCCUAGCUUCAGCUAAGAAAAGUAGUGAAACGGAGUAGCAACUGGUGUGGGUGUUUAGAUCAGAAUUUGCAUGCUAUAUAUCGCGUGACUAAUCGUUGUGGGAAGUAUAUUACUUGCCUUUGUCAUGACUUUUUCAAGUAACAAGUCUAUAUUGACAAACAAUACAAUGUGUGUAUAUAUUUAUCGUUCUGUAAAUUUUGCUUGCAUAAUGUAGGAUUCAAAUUCCGAUCCUUGACA